AUGGACCCGAAGAGCAACGUCGACCGCCUCGACUGCGAAGACAAGAUUGCGGUGGCGCACGACUUUCGCCAAGUGCAGGACGAGGUCGAGGAGUAUAUCUUCCAGCACGACCUCGGGGCGAGCGACGUGCUCUUGAUCUCGUGGAACAUUUCGUCCAUCAACCGCAUCGUCCAGGCGCUCAAGGUGAUGACCAACGCGGUGCCGCACUGGUGCAGCAUGAAGACGAUGGCCCACGUGACGAACGAUCAGUUGCUCGACGAGCUCAUGGCGUACCUCUGCUUUGGCAUCGAGCGCGUCGGCCGCGUCAUGGUGCUGCCGGAGACGCCCAUGGAGUGGCUCCUUCUUGGGCAGCGCCUCCGCGACAUCUCGUACGACCGCUAUAUGCAGGACUUUGCCCGCGUGCCCGGCGUCUUUCCGCUGGCGACAUUCACGCUGGUGCGCGCGGCGUACUACUCGGCGCUUCCGAUGCUUCCGAUGCCAUUUGGCGCCAACAGCUUGUUUGAGUAA